UGUUUGACUGCCGCCCCAUAGAGUCCCUGUCCCUGAUAGACGCCGUGAUGCCCGACGUGGUGCAGACGCGGCAGCAGGCGUUCCGCGAGAAGCUCGCGCAGCAGCAGGCCAGUGCGGCGGCCGCAGCGGCAGCAGCAGCCCCGGCAGCCCUGGCAGCAGUUUCCCAGCAAAAUCCACCAAAGAACGGAGAGGCCACGGUCAACGGGGAGGAGAACGGAGCACACACAAUAAAUAAUCACUCGAAACCCAUGGAAAUUGACGGGGACGUUGAGAUUCCACCCAACAAAGCCACAGUCCUUCGGGGCCAUGAGUCCGAGGUGUUCAUUUCUGCCUGGAACCCUGUCAGCGAUCUGCUGGCUUCUGGGUCUGGAGACUCGACGGCCAGGAUAUGGAACCUUAAUGAACACAGCAACGGGGACUCCACCCAGCUUGUGUUGAGGCACUGUAUACGGGAGGGGGGACACGAUGUCCCCAGUAACAAAGAUGUCACCUCGCUGGACUGGAACAGCAAUGGGACACUUCUGGCCACAGGUUCAUAUGACUGUUUUGCAAGGAUAUGGACGGAAGAUGGUAACCUGGAGAGCACCUUAGGCCAACAUAAAGUCCCCAUCUUUGCCUUGAAAUGGAAUAAAAAGGGGAAUUAUAUUUUGAGUGCUGGUGUAGACAAAACAACAAUCAUUUGGGAUGCCCACACAGGAAAAGCCAAACAACAGUUUCCUUUCCAUUCAGCCCCUGCUCUUGACGUGGACUGGCAGCACAACACUACCUUUGCCUCCUGUAGCACAGACAUGUGUAUUCAUGUAUGCAGACUCGGCUGUGACCGCCCAGUCAAAACCUUCCAAGGACACACAAAUGAAGUCAAUGCUAUCAAAUGGGAUCCUUCUGGAAUGUUGCUAGCAUCCUGCUCUGAUGACAUGACAUUAAAGAUCUGGAGCAUGAAGCAGGACACGUGUGUGCAUGACCUGCAAGCUUACAGCAAAGAGAUAUACACCAUCAAGUGGAGUCCCACCGGGCCGGCCACCAGCAACCCCAACUCCAACAUCAUGCUGGCAAGGUAA